AUGGGAGCACGGCUGCGGGAGCACGGCCACGGGAGCACAGCCACGGGAGCACGGCCACGGGCCGCGGGAGCACAGCCACGGGAGCACGGCUGCGGGAGCACAGCCACGGGAGCACAGCCACAGGAGCACAGCCACGGGAGCACAGCCACAGGAGCACGGCUGCGGGAGCACAGCCACGGGAGCACGGCCACGGGAGCACAGCCACGGAAGCACAGCCACGGGAGCACGGCCACGGGAGCACGGCCGCGGGAGCACAGCCACGGGAGCACAGCCACGGGAGCAGAGCCACGGGAGCACCACCAUGGGAGCACGGCCAUGGUAAGCAGAGCCACGGGAGCACAGCCACGGGAGCACCACCAUGGGAGCACGGCCAUGGUAAGCAGAGCCACGGGAGCAGAGCCACGGGAGCACGGCCACGGGAGCACAGCCACGGAGCACAGCCACGGGAGCACGGCCACGGGAGCACAGCCACGGGAGCACAGCCACGGGAGCACCACCAUGGGAGCACGGCCACGCCCAGACUCUGUGUCCUCCAAUGAGCAGAAGCCAGGAGAGGAGCUGCCGCGCUCCGGGCGCCCUGCCCCGUGGGGGCCAUCUGCUGCACACCUCCUCACGGAUGCCGUAAGACCACCUGCUACACACCUCCUCACGGACGCCGACGGGAAGACCACCUGCUACACACCUCCCCACGGACGCCAUAAGACCACCUGCUACACACCUCCCCACGGACGCCGUAAGACCACCUGCUACACACCUCCUCACGGACGCCGACGGGAAGACCACCUGCUACAUACCUCCUCACGGACGCCGACGGGAAGACCACCUGCUACACACCUCCCCACGGACGCCGUAAGAUCACCUGCUACACACCUCCUCACGGACGCUGACGGGUGCUACACACCUCCCCAUGGACGCCGUAAGACCACCUGCUACAUACCUCCCCACGGACGCCAUAAGACCACCUGCUACACACCUCACCACGGACGCCGUAAGACCACCUGCUACACACCUCCCCACGGACGCCGACGGGAAGACCACCUGCUACACACCUCCCCACGGACGCCGACGGGAAGACCACCUGCUACACACCUCCCCACGGACGCCAUAAGACCACCUGCUACACACCUCCCCAUGGACGCCAUAAGACCACCUGCUACACACCUCCCCACGGACGCCGUAAGACCACCUGCUACACACCUCCUCAUGGAUGCCGACGGGAAGACCACCUGCUACACACCUCCCCACGGACGCCAUAAGACCACCUGCUACACACCUCCCCACGGACGCCAUAAGACCACCUGCUACACACCUCCCCACGGACGCCGACGGGAAGACCACCUGCUACACACCUCCCCACGGACGCCGACGGGAAGACCACCUGCUACACACCUCCCCACGGACGCCGACGGGAAGACCACCUGCUACACACCUCCCCAUGGACACCGAUGGGAAGACCACCUGCUACACACCUCCCCACGGACGCCGUAA